AUGCCGCCAUACGAUGCUCACUGCCCCUGGGACUCAGAUGAUGGAAAUACCGGAAGCGAGUAUUCGGAUACCAGUGAGCACCACACGAUUCCUUACAUAAAGAUUGAACCCGAGGAUGAGGGCUCACCCGAUAGCCUGAGCGAUUCCAGCAGUUCUUCCGACUCGGAGGAUGAGAACAAUCAACCUCAAGUCAGGAUCGCCCAAUUGUUUAAGGGAAAAGCACGCACAAGGAGCAAAUCGUCUGUGCCAGAGAUAGGAACCGACGAGUCUGAGGUAUCAAAUCAGCUGCGGCGUGAGAACCUCGAACUCCGCAAUGAGCUUUCCAAAUUGCAACAACAGAUCAAAGGGGUGACCCAGGAUCGACACGAUGCAGAAACUUAUGCGAACGGCAAGAGGGACCAGGAGACGGGAACGGCCAGCCAGAUCCGCGAAUUAAGUCUAAAAGCCACACUUGAGGCGAGGGAACAACAGCAUCAACAGCAAGUUCGCCAACUAACCAAACAGCUGGAGAAAAAAGAAGACCAAUAUGUGGCACAACUACGAGAAUUGCGCUUGAACAACCGUCUCGCACCUGGCGUCAGCCAAUCUGUGUCUUCAUCACACGACUGCACGCCAGUUAGAGAGGAAUCAUCCAAUGGGCAACAAGCAAAGGAUGACAAGAUUCAAGAGGCAGAGUCAGACAGAGAGAUUGGCAGGUUGAACGCUUUGUUUCAGGCGAAAGAAAAGCAGUAUCAACAGCAGCUGCGCCAACUGACCAAGCAAUUGGAACAAAAGGAAGACCAAUAUGUAGCGCGACUACGAGAACUGCGCUUGAGCAACAACCUCGCGCCUGACAUCAACAAACUGAGGGCAGAUUUGGCCGCGGAAUACCAGGCCAAGGAAAACGCGUACAUAGAGAGGAUCAGACAGCUGUCUAUUGAACACGCAGCCAAAGAAGACCAAUUAAAGAGCGGGCUCGGGGCUUUGUCUUCUGCCUUGCAUAGGGAGGAGUUUCAACAUCAGAAGCUUAUCAACCGGUUGAAAGCCGAAAGGCAGAAGGUUCAAGAAAGGUGCAACAAUCUUCAAGCCGAACUCGACGGUGCGAUCACCAGUUUCUCAAAAGAGGUAUCGGAACUCAAGUCCAGGGAUCCGUUUGAGCCAGUCCGCAAAUCCGACGCGGAGAUUCAGGCGAGCUGGAAGGACCUGGCCAUCCGGGUCCGGCAGUUUGUUCAGACACAUUGCCUCGCCGUCAUUCCGCAUGCCACCGCGCAGGAGCUUUAUAAGAAGAAACUCCUUCCAGGCAUCCAAACAAUAUGCGCAGAUCCGCCAGCUGUCUUGGUAAACCCUCAGCUUUGUUCUUCCCUGUUGCAGGGCUUGAUCUGGGAAGUGCUCUGGACGUUCGUGUUCAGCAGCCGAGCUGAAGGAUGGGCAGGAAAAACGGGACAGGACUUUGGCGAAGCCUACGAGAGAGCCUCAGCACACGUCUCAAGCCUCCCCAAAGAUGUCAACUGGGCAUCGACAGUCGCCGCGCUCCACUCCUGGAAAGCCCGUUCCUUCGCGUUCCUCAAACAACUCCGACCCAUCUUCCACGCCGACAUCGCCGCCCUUACUUACUUCCUUGCCUCCCUCCUCGAUCCCAUCACCACCCCAACCGCCAUGGUCCGAUCUGGAUCCGGAUCGGCAUCCGACAGCCAACAACCACACCCCAUUAACUAUCACCAUCAACAACAGCCCCCUCCCCCACCCCACACCUACCCCUCCCUCCGCCUCCUCACCGAUCUCGAAGCCCUGCUCACCAUCGCCCUCUCCCUCGACAAUACCUUCCGCCUCUCCCUCGCCAACUACACCAUAACCUUCAAAGACCCCGCCCAAUCCUUCUUCCGCCCUUCCAUGAUGGAACUCAACCCCAUCGGCUUCGCCUCCUUCAACGCGGCCACCUCCUCCCAACGAGACUCCGUCAGCCUCAACGACGCCAGCGUCAACGCCAAAGCCAUCGCCGAUUCGCUCAAAGUUGACUUCGCCGUCAGCCCCGGACUACUGAGGUCGGGGGAUUGGAGGGAAGGGGGGGAUUAUCAUUUGGAAGUUGUUGUGGCGAAGUUGGUGGUUGUUUGUAAUGCUGAGAGGGUUUUGUGUCAGUUGAGUGAACCGGUCCCUGCAGCAGGGCCUGGGCAGGAGUUGGCUUGGUUGGAGAGGCAGAGGGCGAGAGGGGUGCAGGUGGACGAGCAGAGGUUGGAGAAGGCGAGGCUGGGGUUGGGGACGGGGGUGAAUGAGGGCGUGAGGACGCAGAGGGAGUUGAUGAGCAAGUGGCGGAUUCCGAUGCCACCGCCGGUGCCGGUGCCGGAGAGGCCGGGGCCUUUGGGUUUGGUGGGGGUUCCUGGUGCUGGGGCUGGGCCGGCUGGUCAUCUGACGAUUCAGCCUGGUGGUGGUCAUGUUGGCGGCAACGCACCUCACCGACCUUAUGUUCGUACCUACGAAUUCACCCACAACCAUAACAGUUCAGGCCGUCCACAUCUCGAGCUGAUAUCCCAUUUCCACAACACCUCCCCGGCUACGUACAAUUACAAACCCUCCACCUACAACCCCCACAGCAACAACAACACCCUUCCUAACGAACCCAGUCAUUUUGGCAACAGCAUCAACAACUCCUAUAACACAGCAGCGAAAAUAAGACGAGUACUCCACCACGGCACUCGCCGAAACCCCGGGGAUCCAGUUAGGAACGGUUCCGAAGCCACCGAUGAUAACGAUAGCGAUAAUGACUACACCGAUGAGCCCACCGCCGAGACGAGCGCGGUGACUACUAGAGGGGCGAAGAGAAAGCGAAUUCAGCUUUUGAGGGACGGGGUGGCGGCUAUAACAGCGGCGGGGAGAGGAACACCGGAGCCAGAAUCGGCGCAAGAAGUACCGACAACAACAGAAGCAGCAACGAUGUCGACCAGCGUGGCCAACGGGACCAUCACGGAUGCCAACAACAAACUUUUUCCCAAUCUGAACAACCAAAAAGCAGUCGUCGUUUUGGAGGAUAGUGACGACCCUCCUCCUACCUCUAGGACCGAGAAGGGCAAUAAUGAUAUCGUUCCAGAGAAGCAGCACACCUCCAACAACGUUACUUCUUCAAAGAUGCCGAGGGAUACCAGUCCCCUCUCGGAGCUAAACGACGACGUAAUCGCCACCUUGCAAAACGACAACCCCCUUUCCACAGAAAGGAGCACCAAAAGUGUUGCCCUACUAGACGACCAACCCGAACCCGACGAGGCCACCAUCCCAUCAUCAUCACCUCUCCUCGACCCCUUUGCCUCGGAAGGAGAGAGUGAAGAAGAUGAAGUUUUCUUUCAACAAAUCUCAGAGGUCUCAAAAGACGAAGAAAAGCGGAAGGAGGACAAGAGUGACAAGAGUAAGAGUGCAAACAAUCAUAAUAAUGUCCUGACGAAUGAUGAAACCGACGAGGGGGAGAGGGAGAGGGAGAGGGAGACCGAGGAAGGAGAGCUAUAG